AUGAAGGUUACUCUAAUCGCUGCUCUACUCGCUUACACUGCUAUGGCUAGCCAGCAGGCUACGCAAAUGCGAGCUGUUUCCCAAACUGACGCUUUGCAGAAUAUGAUAAUGACGGAGUGCGCCUUUGUCGAUGCACCCUGUCUUUCUGCAGCUAAAUCUUUGCUUGAGACCACAAAGGCGAGUUUGAUGGCCAACGACGAUGCAAUGAUGGAAAAGGCCGCUGCCGACUAUGCCGAUGCCCUUGGCGCAUCACCAGCAUGCUCCCAACAGCUAAGCUCCUGCUCGCAAAAGAUCGGCCCAGGAUUUACUGAAGCACGUGGCCCAAAGCACAGCAUGUAA